GAGACCAAAUUGCCCUCUCCCCCUUAAUAUAAAUCCUCGCAUGAUAUCUCCCCAAAUAAAUCACCAUCCCUCGCUCCUCUUCCUUUGUCCCCCAUCCUCCGAUCCGUCUCUACCCGCAUUCGUCCCGCCGGAUUUAACAAGUUUUCAAACGAAAAAUGAGGGAAAUCCUUCACGUACAAGGCGGGCAAUGCGGGAACCAGAUCGGAUCCAAGUUCUGGGAAGUGGUUUGCGACGAGCACGGCAUUGACCCUACCGGACGUUACACCGGAAACUCCAGUCUACAAUUGGAGCGCGUUAAUGUUUACUACAAUGAGGCUUCUUGUGGAAGGUUUGUCCCACGCGCCGUGCUCAUGGAUCUUGAGCCCGGGACCAUGGAUAGUGUGAGAACCGGGCCUUAUGGUCAGAUCUUUAGGCCCGAUAACUUUGUCUUCGGCCAAUCUGGAGCUGGUAAUAAUUGGGCUAAGGGGCAUUAUACUGAAGGAGCUGAGCUUAUUGACUCUGUUCUUGAUGUUGUCAGAAAGGAAGCUGAGAAUUGUGAUUGUCUCCAAGGUUUUCAAGUUUGCCACUCUCUUGGAGGGGGAACUGGUUCGGGUAUGGGUACUCUGUUGAUUUCUAAGAUCAGAGAAGAAUACCCUGAUAGAAUGAUGCUCACGUUCUCAGUCUUCCCAUCACCAAAGGUUUCAGAUACUGUGGUUGAGCCAUAUAAUGCCACCCUUUCUGUUCAUCAGCUUGUCGAAAAUGCGGAUGAGUGUAUGGUGUUGGACAAUGAAGCUUUGUACGAUAUCUGUUUCAGGACUCUCAAGUUAACUACUCCUAGCUUUGGUGAUUUGAACCAUCUAAUCUCUGCAACCAUGAGUGGUGUGACAUGCUGCCUUAGGUUCCCUGGCCAGCUCAAUUCUGACCUCCGGAAACUUGCUGUCAACCUCAUUCCUUUCCCUCGGCUCCACUUUUUUAUGGUUGGAUUUGCUCCUCUCACCUCACGGGGAUCACAGCAGUAUCGUUCUCUAACUGUCCCAGAACUCACUCAGCAGAUGUGGGAUGCUAAGAACAUGAUGUGUGCUGCAGACCCUCGACAUGGUCGUUACCUCACGGCCUCAGCCAUGUUCAGGGGUAAGAUGAGCACCAAAGAGGUUGAUGAGCAAAUGAUUAACGUUCAAAACAAGAACUCAUCCUACUUCGUUGAGUGGAUUCCAAACAAUGUCAAGUCCAGUGUUUGUGAUAUUCCUCCUCGGGCCCUGUCUAUGGCAUCUACCUUUGUUGGCAACUCAACCUCCAUUCAGGAGAUGUUCAGGCGAGUGAGUGAGCAAUUCACUGCUAUGUUCAGGAGGAAGGCUUUCUUGCACUGGUACACUGGUGAAGGGAUGGAUGAAAUGGAAUUCACUGAGGCUGAGAGCAACAUGAAUGACCUUGUUUCUGAAUAUCAACAAUAUCAGGAUGCAACAGCUGAGGAUGAACUUGAAUACGAGGAUGAAGACGAGGAAGGUGUUCAUGAGAUGUAAAGGUGGUAUGCUACUUGAUACUAUGUCAUGUGGUAAUGCCUCCUUAUACUAGAGAGCGAAGUUUGGCGAUUAUGUGCUGUUUUGUGUAGUUUAAUAUAUGUGAAAAGCUUGUGUGUAUUACUCGUUACGUUUGCAUUCCAGCCUUGUUCUAUUGGUUUUCAAUAAUGAAAAUUAGUAGUAUUGGCUA